AUGCAAGAGAAUAAAUGGACUUCUCCCCCAGAAACACCUCGUAAUUAUAUGCCUUUACAAACUAGCUAUCCCUAUAGCAACGACUACCCUCAACACCCAACUUCGGCCGCGCUUCCUGGCAUGUCCAGUCAGCAACCUGCAAUGUCUGGGUUAAUGUCAAGUUCUCAGCCCAACACACCACGACCUGACAUUAUAAGCCCACCUCCUGAUAAGCUUACGGCCGCCCCUGACCUCAUUCGACGAAGACCGCCGCUUCCUUCAAGACCAGCAAGUUUCACAACGACCACCUUUCACUCAAACCCUUAUCCCGGAGGUGGUAACCCAUCGCUAAGACGUCGUAGAACCGAGACUUCGAUGUUCUCGUUUGAAACGGGGCCUUCAUUCAGUACGACAAAGCAAGAACUCGAGCUGUGGAAUAUCGAUCAAUCGAACGGAUAUCAAGUUCAAAUCCAUGCAAAGAUGGAUCGUGGAUUUUUCCGAGCAGAUCAAGACUGGACCUGCUACCGUCGCAAUUAUUUUCAAGUGAGUGCCACUUUUGACGUGCAUGGUACGAAUUACAUGCUUCAGGGGCCUGAAGUACCGUGUCUGUUACGAACAGAGAACCAAGAGAUUCAUCAAGUUGAUUUCUUCUCAAUUGGCGUCAGUGCUCAUGUGUCAGGCAGUGAUAAAAAAAUUGAACUCGUUCAGCACACACCCAAGCGAGAUAAGGGUCCACAGAUGGUGCCGGAGCCGCGUGUUGUGAGUGCAGGUGGAAACCUUCAUCUGGCCUCUGUUGGCUCGAACCACAAUAUUGUUACUUUUGAACGCAUGCAGUUCAAGACGGCAACUGCCAAUAAUGGCAAACGACGAGCGGCUCAGCAGUAUUACGAGAUCAUGAUUGAGCUCUGGGCUAAUACUUCCACAGGCAAGACUUUUAAAGUUGCUCAUUGUGUCUCGGCUCCUUUGGUUGUUCGUGGUCGAAGUCCUGGUCAUUAUGCUGAUUCCCAUACAAGAUACCGAAGCAUGGACGCUGGCAUACCUUCGCCCAUGCCACCUGCUUUCAAUGUUGGUCAAGGCGUCGCGGGUAGUACAAGUUCUACCAUCGUCACUCCUCCUUCAGGUGCUAAUGGACCAAUACCCGACGAAAGGUAUGUUCAACAGCAACAACAACAACAGCAACAGCAACCAUCGUCGAGAUACGGCAUGCCCAACGAUUACCCCUAUUCUUCUUACCACCCUCAGCAGAGUGGAGGAUACCCUUACCUAGUCGGUUAUAACCCCGUGCUGAAUACACCCCCACCUCAUCCUCCGAUGGGAGGCCCUAUGACAAAUAGAAAUGAAGAUGAACCAGCUCAUCGUAGCGGAUACGUCAUGCACCCUUAUUCGUCUGUGCACCCAAACCAUCAUCAACAAGAGGGAUAUUACAGUAACCAGUCUAACCCGGUUGAUCAUCCUCAGGGUAAUGAUGUUUAUCAACAAGAGAACAAGCCUUAUUGGGAUAGCAAAGAACCUGAAAGAUACAGCCACUCUACAAGUGUUCAUGAUUACGGUUAUUUACGCUCACAGCAUAACAAUAGCAGUAACACGAAUCCUCAUAGUAAUAACUCAGCGAGCAACAAUAAUAACAAUAGUAAUAAUAAUAACAACAGCAGCAGCAGUAGUAGUAGUAGCAUUAAUAAUAAUAAUAACCCUCCUCCAACCUUCUCAGCUUUGGAUAGUUCUCUUGACGCUGGACGUUCAAUCACAUCGGACAAUAAGCACUACAUGCAACAAAACCAUUCGUCGUCAAAUUAAAAAGUUACUGCAAAAAUGAAAAUAAAAUAGUUGUUUUAUUUAAUGUACUUAAUCUGGUGCAACCCUUCCAUAUUUUAAAACAUUUAUGCUAAUGGGGUGUGACAUAGAGUAACAUGUUGGUUUUAAAAAUGCAAUAAUCACUAUAUAAAGUAAUAAAUCUCAAGCUUGGAAAAGUAAAGUCGUACUGGGGAAAGUGUACAAAUGUUUAAUAGAGCUCUCUUUUCAUAAAAAUAUAUAGUAAAUAUUGUAUUAUAUAAACAGGAUAUACAUUCAUGAUGGCCAUGUUGACAUGUAUAUAAAAAG